GUGAUCAGGAUUUAUGGAUGCAGGACUCCAUGUUUCAGAUAAGCAAAUAUAUCUGGGUCUCAGUUGUCAUAAUACUCCCAUGUUCCUAAAAAAUAACAAAACUGCAGACGCCUUGAAGGAGAUUUGUAGAAAAACUUGCAGUCUUAUACAUUAGAGAAGAAGACAUGAUCAUUCAAGACACAGCAUCUAUUUUCAAAGGCCAUGUCACGUGUCUUAAGAGUGGUGCGAUUGAUUUAUUGAAAGAACUUAAAAGCAUUCCCAUGACUUUGGAUUUGUUGCAGUCUACACGGGUUGGGAUGUCUGUGAAUGCUGUUAGAAAACAAAGCACAGAUGAAGAAGUCACAACACUUGCUAAGUCACUCAUCAAAUCAUGGAAAAAGCUGCUAGAUGGCCCUGCAGGAGACAAAGAUGCUGAAGACAAAAGAAAGGAAUGUUCAUCUUCCUCAAAGAACAUUUCAGACUCAACAGAACAAAGCUCUAGUAAGAGACCAGAACCAAGAACACCUACUACUCCAAAGAUGACCACAUUCCCUCCAGUUCCUGUUACAAGUGAUACUGUUCGCAAUAAGUGCAGAGAAAUGUUGACGGCUGCUCUCCAAACAGACAAUGAUUAUGUUGCAAUAGGAACUGACUGUGACCAUAUGGCAGCUCAAAUUGAAGAGAUUGUAUUCCAAGAGAUGGGCAAUACAGAUAUGAAAUACAAAAACCGAGUACGAAGCAGGAUAGCUAACCUAAAAGAUACCAAAAACCCCAAUUUAAGGAAGAAUGUUCUCUGUGGAAAUAUUACACCAGAACAAAUUGCAAGAAUGACUGCUGAGGAAAUGGCAAGUGACGAACUGAGAGAGAUUCGGAAAGCUUUAACAAAUGAAGCUAUCAGAGAGCGCCAGAUGGCCAAGACUGGUGGUACUGAAACUGCCCUCUUCACUUGUGGGAGGUGCAAACAGAAGAACUGUACUUAUACACAGGUUCAAACACGAAGUGCUGAUGAACCCAUGACAACAUUUGUCUUUUGUAAUGAAUGUGGUAACCGAUGGAAAUUUUCUUAAGUAACGAGAAGACUACAGCUGGACCAGUAUAUGAAAUACCUAAAUUAUAAAGGAUCAUCAUGUAUAUUAAAUCUCACAUUUUGUUAGAUAUAUCGCUGUAAAUUAAAUCUUUGCAAUUAUAAUCCUUUUCAGCUCAGCUGAUGUAAUCUAAACUUGUACUGUAAUUGAAUCUGUUAAUUAAUGCAUUGUAUGGUACAAGAAGUUGCAUUUCACUUCAGUGUUUUAAAACUUCUUUAUAUGUUAGGGUUUCAAAAAUGAAAUACUAUUGCUAGUAUGGAUCUGUUGAAAUCAUUUUUAAUUAAAAUGUGAUUGUCCACAACAGCCCAUUGUUUCCAACGUAGUAUUCUUUUCUGU